AGCGCAACAGAACUGUUUUAUCUUUCGAGUAAUAUCACAGAAUAGAAUCUUGUAGUCACUGGUCACAAAUUCAUAGCCUGUAUCUUUAAUCGUGUCAUUAACACUUAAAAGUAUGAGUAUUCAUGUGUAUAGUUGUACCGUAAAUUGUAGGCAACAGUCAUACUGGUCUUAUGUUACUAAAUAGUAAAUACGAGAAAUACUAUUUUUUUUAUUUUUAUCAUUAACUAUUAGUACUAUUAAUUAGUAUUAUUAAUUUUGAUUUUGAUUUAAUUUGAUAAGCGCCUCAACUAUUAAUUUUUGGUUAUAUGCUGUUUUUAAUUUACCUGUAUUGUUAAGUGUAAGUGUUUCGAAUUUUAAUUUUCUUUGAAACAUUUUUAUCAAUCGCUUUUCUUCUGUAAAGUCUUUUGAUUAUUAUACACUUGAAACGAAAACUUCUUCAUAUUCACUAUGAAUAAAGCGGUAUGUAUUUUGUUUAAUUGUGUUAUACUUAUAUAUUAAACGUCAAUUAAAAUUUAUAGGUAUUGUCUUUUAAUUAAUUUACAAUUUGAUCGAAAUUGUAUUUUGUACUGCUAUUCUAAAUAAACUUAAUUUUUACUAUUAUUUAUUUUUAUUUCAGAUAACUUAUUCAGAAGAUCAACUAGCAGGUAAAUUAUUUUAAUUUUGUUAUUUAUUACACUUAAUUAAUAACUGUAGUUUUUACUAAAAUAAUGGUAAUUAUUUUUAAAUCCAGAGAAGUUAUAAUAUAAGUUAAAUAUUUGUAAAUCUUCUAUUUAUUUCAUUUUAUUGUAGUAGUUGUUUCCAGAUUAUAUUGGUCAUAAAAACCCAUUUCAUAUUUAUAUACAAAAGCCAAGUUGAAGUAGCAUUGUUGUUUAGUGAUGCUCUGUUUGCCAUUCGCAAAUAUGUUCCUCUAAAAGAAUUUUCUCUUCCUAAAUUUCCACACUGGGUUUCUCAAUUCCUUAAAAAGUUAAUAUUUGAAAAGAAACAGGCACAUAAAAUAUGUAAGAGUACUAAGUCUCCCUUUGAUCAAGCAAUCAUUUUUGAGUUACGAGCCAAAUGCAAACAACGCUCUUAAGUUUGACUAUUGUACCUUCAUCAAGCGAACAGAAGAAGUGCCGUCCUCUUUUCCUUCUGAAGUUACAUUAAGAAUCUUAAACAAACCCCCCAAAUAUCUUUAACUGUUCAUUUUAAUUAUAUCUCUUCUAAUUCACACAUUGAGUGUUAAUCUUUUUGCUUCUUAUUUUUCUUCACCUAUAUUUAUUCUCCAUCUCCAUUACCAUCUCAAUCUUCUUCCUACGGAAAAUUGCUUUUUGAUCAUUCAUCUAACAUAGCUUUUUCUUCUAAUGAUGUACUCCUUUUUCUUGGCUUGCUAAGUAUCUCCUUAGUUGAGUUAUCAGUGAAAAUAAAAACUCGCCAUAGUAUAAUUGCCAGAUUGAGUGAUACGUCUUAGGGAGCAGAUGCAAAUACAUUAGUUCACUAUCAUUAGUAUAUUCAGCAGCAGAAUAUUAUGCAUUUGUCUGAAUAAUCGUUGCACAUCCUAAAAAAGUGGACACCCAGCUCAACUCAGUUAUGAGGAUUAUAGGGGAACAUUAAAAGUACUAAGCAAUAUUGCUCUUCCAAACAUCAAAAGAAAACGAACUCUUAUCCAAGAAUGUACCAAGCUAAUAAUAUCAACCUCCUAAUACAUAUGAAUCUAUUGAUCAUGUUAGUCUUUUAAUAUUAUCCUCAGUGUGUAUUUAAUUUUUUUAAUGUUUAUUUAUAUUAGUUUUGUGAUUCACUUAUUUUUAUUUAUUUCACGCUGAAUUUUAUUAUAUACAAUCUGUUAUGUUGUUUUAACUUGUCAUUCAAAAUAUAUAGUAAAUCUUUCUCUAAUGGACCUAACAGUAAUUUGGCUUGCUGAUUAUAUAAUUUUUAUCAUUCAGUGGUUUUAACCCAGUGGUUCUCAAACUUUUAAAGUUUAUAAUAGGUAAGUUUUAAUUAUACCAAUGAAUUAAGUAUUAAAAGCACAUUUUGGAAAAACAAAAAAUUGAAAAUCUUAAAUUCUAACCAAGAAAUAUGUGAAUCAGAAAACCCAAACUUCAUGAAGUUUCUACUGUAACUUCCAAAUGAAGUUCGUACAACUUUUUUACAUGCUUAAUGUACACACAAAAUAAACAAAAAUCUAAAAAUUUGAUAAGUUGCUAAACUAGAAUUAUGCUGUUUUAUUAUAAUACUAUAUAAUGUAUAUUGUAUAAGUAUAAAAAAAAAAAGGUAUUCUAAUGAGAUGGAUGUAUCUGGUGUUUUGCUAGGAAAAAACAAAAUAUCUAUGUUUUUUUUUAUUAGCAUGAAGUUUGCAGUCUUAAUGGUUUCAUAGCUGCAUUUGUAAAAACUUUUUGACAAAUGAGGCACAUCACUAAUGUAAUAUUUAUAGGCGAUUGGUAUUGAGUGAAACCGUGCUUCAAAUAUUCAAUUAUACUACAUUUUUUCUUCGUUUUAGCUAUGAUGUGUACAAUUAAAUAUGACAAUUAUUAUAAAACUGAUAAAAAAUAAACACUGUUGGCAUCCCCGAGUGUUCUUAAUACAAAUAGAAUUCAGAUAAUAUAGGUUGCUCCAAAAUAUAAUACAUGUUAUCGCAAUAAUGACUGGAUUCAACAGACGACAAACAAUUAUUCCAAAAAUAUAAAAAAUACACAUGUACAAUAAUGUUGAAAAAAUUGAAACAGUCACCGCCCUAUUUUGCAAUCCAAUACCCCCAAUUAAGCUUUUAACUUUCAUUGCACCCCUAGAUAGCUCUAGAGCUCCCAAGGAGGUGAUAUUUCCCACUUUGGGAAACACUGUUCUAACCGAAUAUUAUUUUUAUAUAGUUAUUGUAGCAUUGUUAUGCUCUCUAUUUGAAGGCACUUUCCCUUCUGUCUGGAAAAUUUAUUUGGUUGACGUUAGCUGUCAAACCAGGUGACCCUUCUGAUCUUUAUAAUUCUGCAUUAAGCUAAACUUUUUGAGUCUCUAGUCUACUCUAAUAUUAGUAGAAGUUUAAAAUAUAUUAUGGAUGAGCAGGAUGGUUGCAGACCUUAAAAGUCUACAAUCACUAGCAGUUGCUUUUACCAUGCAUUUGUUUGAUCAUAUUGAAAAGGGUGGUCAGGUUGAUACUUUAAAAUAUCCUUCGACAUUUUUGACCAUAGACUCCUCCUCAUUGAGCUUUAUCUGCUUGGUAUUAGUGACCCCAUUAUUUUAUGACUGCACUUAUACUUUUCUGAUAGGUAAUACCUAACCUAAUCUAACCCCUGAUAGGUAAUUUGUAAAAGUCAAAUGCCUUGUCCUCCACAUGAUUAUGAACAUAUGCAUAAAAUAUUUAAGAUAUCCAUGUUAAGAUAUGUUGUGACCUUUUGUUUAUUUUUAUCUAAACUUGUACUAGUGUUAAGAAAUACGUUCUUAAAAGAGUGAUUCCUGGAAUUGAUUACUUUUUAAUUUCUUAUUUUUGAAACAGUAAUGUAAAUAUUUUAAUUUUUUGGUUCUUCUCUGAAAUAUGUUUUAGAACAUAUUUAUGGAAAAAAAUUUCGCAUUUAUUUUGAAUCUAAUAAAUGAGACACUUUCAAACAAGUUUUUGCUGAAAUAUGACUUGGUGUUCCAAAGCAAAUUAAAUAGUGAUAUUUUCAAAUUAAGAAUAAAAAAAAAAAAAGUAUUUUGGACUGCAUAAGGUAUUCAUGAUAUUCAUAAGGGAACGCUUUAGUAAGGAACGAGUUCUUUUUUAAGUAACAAGUUAAUAAGGAAUGAGGAAUGGGAAUGAAUUCCUUUUUAAAAGUAACGCUAACAACACUGACUUGUACAUAGACUGUCCUAUUACAACAAAUCAAUUUUAAAGUUCAACUUUGUCUUACUAGAAACACUUCUUCUUUCUUUACUUCAUUUUCCUCUACAAAUUAUGAACUUAAUUCCUCUUUCUUUCGCCCUAUGCGUAUUGCAAAUGCUGACCCCACCUUUAACCACGCUUAAAUUAUUUUCAACCGAGUCUUCACUAACAUUAAUUACUUCUUUUAUUUUGCUAAGUAUUGUGCUAUGUAUUAUCAAUUUUUACCCUUCUUUGGUUUGGGCUUUAGCCUUUACUGUAAAUAAAAUAAAAUAAGUAAAAAAGAUUGGGGUGCAGAGAAGGCUUUUGCACUCCUCUUAUCAUCAGUAGGUUGGGUAUUGGCUAAUUUUGGGCUGCAAGUCAGUAAACAUGAUUCAUGUCAUUAUUUUUUUAUGAUGUAUUUAUACUCCAUACUAUAUUGCUGAAAAUAAGACAUAAAUUGGGGUAAAAUUCCCCUCAAACUAAGUCUUUAUAUAGUAGCUAAUAGAUAAAGUAUUUAGGUAUCCCUCUAUUUAUAUACUUAUUAUUUAGUCAUUGUUGUUCCUCCAAAAAAUGGGUUAUUUAUGCUUAUAAUAUAUAUUAAAUAUAUAAUGAUUUAAAUAGGGUAUUUGUAUUGAGACAAAUAAGCUAGCGUGCAAUAUUACAAUAAUUUUAUAAUUUAUAAAUAAAAUUUGUUCAAUCAUGAAUUACACAUCUUAAAAAUGCAAAAAUGAAUGCACAAUAAGAUAUUAUAUUUCCAUAUUGAAUAAUUUCCUUAAAACUAUGACUAUUUUUUUUUAAUUUUCAUCAUUCAAAAGACUAGUGGUAAAUGUAUUGAUUAUAAUUUAUUUUUUACAGACUAAUGUUUUACCAUAUAUCAUAAGCUAUUAAAAAGUUCAACUAGUAGAUAAAGACUUUGGAUGGUUUUGAGGGGUGGAAAUUUAGACCCCUUAUUUGGGCCUAUGUCUCUGGUUGCCCUCCAAGGAGGUCAUCUUAGUUCUCUACUUAAUAUCUUGUUCGUUAAUUCAAUUAACAAGUUAAACAUUAAGAUAAUUGAUAUCCUCCUCUUUGUGAACAAUAUUGAAAUUAACUUGAAACCUAUCAUAUUUAUAAUAUUUAUAUAUAUAAUAUCAGAUAUUUCCUGUUGCCAGACUCUACAAAACCAAUUAAACAUAUUUGCACAUUGGGUCUAGCAUCUUCGUCGGCAUUUGAACCUAAUCAUGUGCCAUGACCUAUUUUAGGCUCCGCAAUCCAACAUUCUACUCUUAUUAUGUUAAUGGCUCCUCCUUGGAACGUGUUUUUAUUAUUAAAGCUCUUGGUAUACAUUUCAAUUUUUCAUUAAAUUUCAAUCACUAUAUUAACAUUAUCGUUUGAAAACCCCUGAAAGGCCUGGGUUUCAUAAAGCGUAAUACAAAAUGUUUAGCUCCACAUAUUUUACUUCUCUUGUGCGCUCAAUUUUAGAAUUUGGUGUGAUAAUUUGGUACCCCUACUUAGCUAAAGACUAGUUAGGCUAAAAUGGGUCCAGAAUAGGUUUCUUUCACAUAUUGUGUUUUUAAUCAAAAUUGAUCAUUUCCCAAUAUGACUUCUCAAUACCAUACUUAGAGCACUAAAUAUCCCUACACUCUCUUCUAGUCAAAUUGAUGUUUCUGAAUAGUUAUUAUAGUUUCACAAUUGUGUUAUGCUAAUUAGAAGAACUUAAAUAAAUUACUUUGAAUAUUUUUUUGUGUUUUAAUGUGUAUACAGAAAUGUACUUAUUGGUUUUACUAUGUGUUUUUUUUGUUUCUUAUCUGUAAAUAUCUUUUCUACCAGUUAUCUCACUCUGAUCAUGAACUGUAGGGAUGGCUGCUGAUAGUAAAUUUUGUUUUGUGGUUGGGUCGGGGCAGUUAUUUUUUUUUUUUCCUAGUAGUUGACAGUCUUAACAAUCUGGAAUCAAAAUGCACGCACUAACAGAUUGUGUUAUUUUUAAUUUGAUUUUUUUUUUUGCAAUUUGGUUAAACCUGAAAAUUUUAGCCAAUACUUAAAUAGCACUUUCUAGAUGUAGUUCAAUUUAAAAAAAAAUUGUGCGAAUUUUUUUGUUGAGCUUGGUCACCAGAAUCAAAAUUUCGUCUAAACAACUUGUAAUAAUGUAUAAUAUUUUUUUUAAAAAAACUUUUAAAGUUUGAAUCCCUAUGAAAAUCUUAAAUAAUUUAAUAUUAAUUUCAAAACAUGUUUUAACUCAGCUUUAUACAAAAUGUUUUUUCGUUAGCAACAAUUUAUCUUUGUGUGCAGAUAUUUAUAAAAUUACUCUAUAUAUUUUUUCUUUCCAACUUACCCUUACAACAGUAACACACUUGUUAGCAGUAUCAGCAGUUUUUUUUUUUCAAAAAUGAACACAAGUACUUAUUAAAUUUCUUUUCUAUAAUUUAGUUUAAAUUUGUAUGGUACAAUACUUGUAUAGAUUUACUCAUUUUUAUGUUGUUUAAAAUUAUAAUGGAAAUUCCAUUACAAACAUAACCAAAUAAGUGAUAUCUAAUUAGAUUUUAAAAUUAUUAUACAAAUGUUUCACGAAGAUAUACCUAAUACAAUAUCUAGAAAAAUAUAAUAAUUUUUAAAUUAAGGUAUACAUCUUUUAAAGUUUAUGAUCUCUACAAAAGUAUUUUAAGUAAAAUAUAACAAUGUCUAUGUAAUACAAUUUGUUAUGUAACUUGUGUUGUGCUUUAAUCUAAUUUUUUAUUAGUUUUUUUAUUGUUUAAUGUUAUGUUAUUUAUAUAUAUAUUUUAAAUUCUGAGUGGCGAAAAGAAGCAUAUAAUUUUACAAAGUUUUUAUUAUUUUUUUAUCUGUUAACAACUUUUCUACUAGCAACUAACGAGGUACUUUAAAAUGUUAUUUUUCGAUUUUCCAAAGAGUUUUUCCAGCAAAUGUGAAAAACAGUACAAAAUUAAACAAAUAUUAAAGAAAAUAUAUAAAGCCUAUUUAAUUAUUUUAAUAUAAAAUGACAUAUAUAUUGUUGACAAAGCAUUAUUAUUAACUGAACUCUGCUUAGAAUGGUUUUUCGUGAGCAAUGGUUUAUUGUUGCUCACAGGUAUACAUUAAAUUAUCUAUAGUAGUGGCUGCAUCCGUCUCUAUUAUCCUACAUCAUUUUUUUAGAUUAAAAUUAAGGUUGUUACUGUAUAGCUUAAAACAUAACAUUGUUUGCUAGAUAAAAAUUGUUUUCUCCUCCAAGUGUAAGCUUUUUGAGACAAUCAUUUACAUUAUGUUUCUUUUCCCUUAUUGUAUAUGUUUAUUAUUGAACAUUUUUUUUUUUUUUUUUUUGACAGUUGAUGAAAUAUAAUAAGCCGCUUUAAAAUGUUGAACAUUGGUUUUUUUCAACUUUUAUUUUUGGGGUUGAAACAACUGUCUACUUUUUAUUUACAAAUGUUAAUCUAUAUUAAAAAUCUACAAAUAGAUUUAGUAUUAAUUUAAAUAUAUUUUUGAGUUAAUAUUUUUAUUACACAUGAGUGGAUUUUCAUUAACUACCCCAAUUCAUUAUUUAUUCUCUCUAUCUCUAAACUCUGGUGUUUUUCCUAGUAAAUGGAAGUCAAGUUACAUUACAUAAUUUUUUUAUGGAAGGCCGGUAUUAAAUCGGAAGUUGACAACUAUCAUCCUAUAUCUAAGUUAAGCACGUUACCAAAUCUUCUAGAAAAACUUAUGGAGCCAAAGUUAUACAAAAUCAUUUAAGCACACUCUGGUAGAACAACAUGGCUUUUAAAAAUUUAAAUCAAUCAACAGAAAUCACCUUUUUGUUUACUAUUCUUAUUUAGUUUAUACCGUAUAAUUAAAUGGUUGUGUAGAUGUAAUUUACUUUGAUCUCAAAAAGGCUUGAUUUAGUUAACCAUGUCAUCUUGCUUUCAAAACUCUGUAUAAGAUAUCCACUAUUACUAUGGUUCUCAUCUUAUAUAAUAGGUUAUUCUGUGUCAAAGUAAACAGUCAUCUGUCAAAUAAUACAAUUGCUACAACUAUAAAACUACAGCCACAUAUAAGUAUUAACAAUUCUGAAUUACAAGUCUCUUCUACUUUGCAUGUUUUAUUUGUUUUAUUGUCUUCUGAUCUCACAUGCUCAUAUCAAUGCUAUCUAUAGCAAAGCCUUAUGGUCAAUUGGCUUCAUAAACCGAAACUGUUCCGAAUUUAAAAACAUUAAUUGUCUUAAAGUGUUAUAUUGCUCUCUUGUCAGGUCAAUAUUAUAAUUUUCAUCAGUAAUUUGGAAUCCUAAACAAAAUUAUCUAAUUGACAAACUUGAAAAAAAUCCAACGAUGCUUUUUAAGAAUGAUGGCAUACAAAUUAGGUCAAGUUGAUGUCCCCCUAGAUAGCUUGGCUGUAGAAUUUGGUUUAGAAUCAUUUUCCUCUAGAUGAUUGUAUAGUGAUAUAACUGUUGUCCAUAAAUUAAUAAAUUGUUAACUAUCCUGCCCAGAAUUCCUAUCGAAGAUACAUUUUAAAAUUCUAACACUUAACUCAAGAAAAUAAUCACCUUUUUUUGUACCACAAUGCUUAAAUAUAAUUAAACAUAGUUCGGAGUAUCGCAUUUUAAAUGCAUGUAACAAUGUACCUAACUUUGAUUUUUCUUUUAAUCUACAACUUAAAUUAAAGCAUAUAAUAUUCAAUACUAGUUAAACCUACUUGAAUUCAUUGUAUAUUAUAUAUUUGUUUCUAUUUUUUCUUUUUUGUAUAAUCUUUUGUGCAAUUGUAACUGUACUCUUUAUCCCUUUGGGGUGUUUAAGCUUUAAAUAAAUAAAUACAUUUCUGUCAACUUUUAAUUUUGGGUAGGGGGAGAGUAAUAGGUAUCAUUUGAAAAUCAAAUACAUUUCAUUCUUAAUUUGUACUUGUCAAAUAGAUCAUCUAAAAAUAUAAUUAACAAUUUUAAAAACACCAUUUACCUAAAUAUAAUGUUUGUUGUAAAUUGUUUUUACUUGAGAUAAUCUACAUUUUCUACAAUGCCGUCAUAUCUUUUGUAAUUUUAAAUGGUAUAAUAAAAUUACAUACCAAAUAAUUUCUGAUGACUGUACUCUCAAAACAUUUUAUCUAGUUAACUUUAAUAUGGUGUUUACACUCAAUGAUAUUUAUUUAUUGUUUUGCAUAUUGUUUUUUUUUUUUUUUUUUAUCAGUAAUACUGUUGACCAAAUAUUUAAUUGUAAGCAAAAUAUUUUAUUCUUUUCUAUGUAGCUAUAAAAUAAAUGUCAACAUGGCUUUAAAUUUUCGAAGGUUUAUAUUAUAUCAUUUUUUAAUGUUUACUUAACCAGUUAUAUAAUUCUAAAUGGUCAUGCAAAAUAAUAAUUUUUUAUUCUGAGCUAAGUGAGACUGUAGAAUUUUGUUUUACUAUGACUAAUAUUUUUCUGUCCACAAACAACUUUUUUACUAAAGAUCUUGAUCCAAUUGAAAAAGGGAUCUUUUUUGUUAAAUUUCGGAUCCAGUUAGCGUAUUAGUGUGGUCAUUUUUUGAUUUUCAAUGUAGUUUUCAUAAUAAUUGGGAAAAAUAGGAAAGUUUACAUCAUUUUUUCAGUUAUUAUUUUGUUCAAUUUGAAUAAAUUGUUUAGCCAAAUAUAGAUGAUGGAAUAUUUCACAUGAGGUUUAUAAUAAAUUGCACUUAUAAGUCAAAAAAAAAUGUGUUAGAUUUAGAUUAUGAGUGAUAUGAGGAGUUGGUUUAACAAUUGUUUAUUUUUUUAAAAAAAGAUAAUUUUCUGUGAACUUUACUACCAGUACCAGUAGUCUAGCCCUGAUUUGCAUGUGUAGCAUCUUUUCUGAAAAGUAAUUUUAUCUACUUAAUACUUUAGGGAGGUUAUUUACUUAGCGGUUUUCAGAAUAAUUUGGAAAAAAAGUAGGAAAAAUGAAAAAUGUAUGGAAUUUAUUAUUUUCAAAUUUGUGUUUUUGGUAUAUUUCAGUUAAAAAUAUUCUUAGAAACUUGAAAUUUAGAUAAAAAAUUAUAUUUGAUUUUUCUAGAUUUGGUAAAAUUUUAAAAACAUUUUAGCUAUUUUUGAGCUAUUUAUAAAUAUUUUAAUUUUGUAAGUUUUUCACGUAAUUUUAUUCGGUAGGUUAUUGUAAAACCGAACAGAAAUGCUUGAUAAUAUAACAGGAGGUUCAUUAUAAGUCUUACAUUGCAAUAAAACAAAAAUUGGGUAUAAUGCAGAAUUUUUUUUUAUAAGAAUUUUAACACAAAUUAUAAAUAUUACAGUUGUUUAAAACAAAAAGAACUCUGCUCAAAAUCGUUUUUCUUUAUCAUUGUUUAAUAUCAUUAAAUAUUAUUAAUAUAUUAAAUUUCCCUCUAUAUCCUACCUUCCCAACUUCUCAACUACAACAGUAGCUCACCCAUUGUGUAAAGAAUGUCAGUCUUUUUAUAUGUGUUUAAAGGUAAAUGUAUUUACCUAAACUUUGCUCAGAAUGAUUUAUUUUUGCUUACAUAUAUAAAUUAAACUUUAUAUUUCCUAUGUUCUCAACUUCCCAUUUUUUUUUUAUAUAUACUGGUUGGGUGGAAUAAUUUUUAUAUUAUAUUUGUAUAUUUGUUACUUUACUACAAAUUUAUUAUUAAUUUGGAAAAUCUAAAAUAAAUAAGAAGUGAGUACAUAACACUGAAUGAAUAUUUGUUUGUGUUAUACAAUAUUAUAAAUUAUAUAAGUAAUACUAAUAGUAUAUAAUAAAAUAAUAAAAGAAAAAUAUAUUUAUAAUAGUACUACAAAUUAAUAUAUUCAAAUUUACUACGUACCUAGAUUAUAGAAAUUGAUAUUUUCUCCUUUUUUAUCUCCUUAAAGAUAAAUACAUUGAUGAAAAAUCUGAAAACAUAUUUCAACUAAAACAAAAAUAUAAACAAUAAAUACAUUCACUUAUAUAUUACUUGUUUUAGAAAUGGAAGAGGCAUUUCAAUUGUUCGAUAACCGAGGUGACAAUAGAAUACAUAUAUCACAUAUUGGCAAUGCUCUUCGUGCAUUAGGUCAAAAUCCAACUGAAUCUGAUGUAAAAAAAUUUGCCCAACAACAUAAAGCCGGUAUUUUUGUUUUUAUAAACUAUUUAUUUUUUUAAUGAAGUGUGGUCAAAAAGUACAAAAUCACAUUCAAACAGAAUUCACCUAUAGUCAAUUCUUCAACGCAUCAACAGAUUGUUGAAGAGCAGUAGGAUUGUUAUUGGUUUCUGUGACUUCUGUUUUUGUAGAUUCUCUAUAACCUUACGAUGUAACCAAUGUUUUUAUAAAACAUGUUAUCCAUAUUUUGGCAUUUUUGUAAUGAAUCCAAAAGAAAAGUACCUUUAUACAUUUUUCGGGAAAUAUUAUUCUUCCAUUUUGAUUGCGUAUUGUUUAUUAUAACAUUUCAUAAAGUUUUUAUGAAAAUUUACCACAUCAAAAUUGUCUUGGCAAACCUAAUCUUGGAUGUGAUUUUGAACCUUAACACUUCUUCAACUUUCUUGGGACAAACUUUGCUGCCACUUGAUGUUUCUGCAGAAUUUCAGUUACAAUUUUUUGGCGCGAGUCAUGUUGAAAUAAUGCAUUUCUCUAUCAACCAAGAUUUUGUUAUAGCAAAAAAAGAAAAUAUCCUCUUCAACUCAACUAGAAUACUCUUCUUUUGGGUUUAUUGUAAAAUUGAUAAUGCACAAAAAACAUAUUUUACAAAAACAUCUGUUACAUCAAAACUAAGAAAUUUUAGAGAAUUUACAAAAACAGAUGAGAAAAUAGAAAUCGUAAUUUUUGAUUACACCUCAUAUAUAACAGAUUAAUACAGAUUAAUCAAUGUGCUUGUGGGCAUAUUUAUUAAAAUCAACAUUUUUAAGUACACUUUUUGUAAUUAUAGAUGAACGUAUUCCAUUUGAGGUAUUUUUACCUAUCUAUCAAGCUAUAUCUAAAAACCGUUCAUCAAACACUGCUGAUGAUUUUAAUGAAGGAUUACGACAUUUUGAUAAAGAAGGGAAUGGAUUUAUAUCAUCUGCAGAAUUACGCCAUUUACUUACUACACUUGGUAAUUUUUAUACAUUUUAUUAUUAAAAUUAAACUUCUUAACAAAUAAUAUUUUAAUUAUUAUAGGAGAAAAACUUACUGAUGAAGAAGUUGAACAAUUAUUAGCCGGACAAGAAGAUUCUUUAGGUAACAUCAACUAUGAAGAAUUUGUACGUUCUGUAACAUCAGGUUGAAUUAUUUAUUAUGAUGUAUAUUUAUUUUACUAUUAAAUGCUGUACCUAAUUAGUAAUAAUUAUAUUCGUAUAUUUAUAAUUAAGAAAAAUAUAAUUAUAUAAGUAAAUGGUUAUUAUUUUAUGUAUAAUUUGUUGUUGUAUUCAAAUAAAAUAUAUUGGUGGUAGUUAAAUAAGAAAAUUUAUUUACCAUUCAUUUAAAAAAAAGUAAUAAUAAUUUGAAUUGAAUAGGAGGAUAAAAAAAAUAUCAGAAACAGAGACUUUAUGUUUUAAAUUUAAUAAAGGUGAAGUAUAUGAUGUGUUUUGCUUAUUUAAUAAUAUAAAAUAAAUUAUACCAAAAUUCUCAUUUUUGAGAAAAUUCCAGAAAUGCAAUAAAAUAUCUGUUUCAUUAUAAUUUUAAAAUGCAUUCUUCAAGUUGUUAGACUAUUUGAAAAAAAAAUUCCAUUAAAUACAAAUUGUGUUCUAUAUUAAACAUACAUUAAUAAAUUUGCAAAUUAUUAAAUAGUAUCCUCACUUUUCAGAACUUUUAAAAUAAUGCUUUUUGCCAUUAAAAUUGUUAUGAACUACAUUUGGUGAGAUCAGCAAUGAAGUAUAAAAGACAUGAAAAUGUCAAGUUAGAUGUGUUGUGCGACUAAAUAGGAUUAGGAAUGUGAUCUCAGUUUUAGUUUAUUUAACUAAUUAAUAAUAUAAUAUAUAUGUACAAAAUUAACUAUCAAUUUAUUAAAAUUAUAAAAUAAGUAGACAUGCUGUUUGUUACAAAUAUAUGAAGCAAUUUGUUGUUAUAUGGUUUUAUGCGUAGUGCAGGGCGUUAUUAACAUAGCAAUAAUAAGUAACAUGAAGUUAUGAAUACUUACAACAGGAUACUAAUACAAUAUAAGAUGUAGUAGCAGGUAUAGCAGACAAAAUUAGAUUGGUUUGGACAUAGGUAUGUUGAGAGAAAAGCUAAUAUGGUUAAGAAGAUAAGUGAGUUAAGUAUAAAUGGAAAUCAGAGAAGAUGGGUCAAAAACAAAAACGACUGAAGUUUAUUAGGGUAGAUAUGAGGAAUAGAUAAAGAUAAAUUUUACUUUUGGACAAAUUACUUUUGGUUAGUGAAAUAGUUAAACAUAACUGAUAUUACAACUUUAAAAAUAUUUUAUGAAAAAAAUUUAACACAUUAAUAGUUUCACAAUUCCAACUCGGAAUCUAAAUAGGAAUUUAUAUUAUAUUUAUUUGUUACAAUCAUAUAAGACAAAAUUUAAAUCAUAUAACUACAUUCAAAUAAUAGUAUUUAAUUUGAAUUCAUUUCAGUUAUUCAUUAAAUACCUGUUAAUGACAUAUUAAUAAAUCAAUAGUAAAAUAAUUGUAUUAAAUCAAUUUUUAAAUUUGUUCAACCAAAUAUUUAAUAUGCAGCACAAAUUGCUUUAAUUAUUUAAAAACGUAGUUUUAAAACUAUUUAUGAAUAUAGGGAAAAGAGAAUAUUUAAUUAUGACAAAACAAAAGCCAUAUUCUUUCAUAAAAUUAAAUUACAAGCUAAUAUAUUAUCUUAAUAAUAUUGGGCAGCCAUGUCUUCAACAUCAAUACCAAGCAUAGCAAGUUCAUCUCCUUCAGAUUCAUUGCCAUUAGAUUUUCUGACUUUAUCUUCUUCUUUAGGACCUUGAAUUGGACCAUCUGAUUUAUCAUCAUCAUCCUCAUAAUCAUCUUUAGUACAUUCUUCGUCUUUACCCAUAUUUUUUUUCAUAUGUCUUCGUUUACGCUGUGAUGGAGCAUUUUUCUUUUUCUUCCUUUCAGGUGAAAUGUUGGAAUUAUUUGUUAUGUCAUACGACAUUUUGAAAUGAUGUUGAUGCAUUAAUGGAUUGUGAAUUUGAGGAUUAAUUGAUGUGUUUAAAGAAGGUACUACAGAAGAAGGUUCAUUGCAAGGAAAUAUCAUAUUCAGUGCAGUACUUAAAUCUUGAGGUAAUGUAUUAGUAGUAUGUGGUUGAUUAUAUACUUGAUGUAUUUGAUUUCCUGGUUGUACAGAAUUCAAUUGAGUUUUAACUGAAUCUGUUUCUGCACUAAACAUAGUAUCAUUUUCAUUAUCAUCAUCGAUAUCCAUAUCAAUAGGUAAUAUUUGUUUUUCUACCU